UAUAGAAAGACGCACAAUACGUUGUGCCGCUUCAUAGUAGAGCUCGACACUGUCUUGCUUCCUAGUAGUGGGUGCACAUUGCUUGUGAAGUACAAGACAGAGAAUGUAUGUGUCGGGUCUGAACACAGAGGUAAGGGUGCCUCGACUCAAGGUUGUGACAUGUGGACUGUACUUACUGUUGUUACUUGGGACCACUAGGGGUCAGGAUGACCACCAUAUACUUCGACUACACAAUGACAUCAUCAAAAACAACAACCCCAAAGUUAGACCUGUCAAGAACAGCAGUGACACCAUUACAGUCUCUUUACAACUUUAUCUUCUCAGCAUGUCUGAUUUUGAUGAAGUGACUCAGACAGUGACAGCUAAUGGGUUUCUCUUAGUUAUCUGGAAAGAUGAGUUCCUAACUUGGAACGCCAGCGAGUAUGGAGGAGUCAGUGAAAUAAGUCCUGACUAUGGGAUGGUGUGGAGACCUUACAUCACUAUUCGUAACGUGGUGGAUAGUGUUGAACCCCUGGGACUCGACUUCGGGAUCAUUAAAGUGACAGCAGAUGGAAUUGUGAAUUGGGCACCUGGCGAUACCUUCAAGACUUUCUGCCAAAUGGAUGUUACCAAUUUUCCUUUGGAUGAACAAGAAUGUACUUACAGUACGUUUAAUUGGGGAGAUAGUCUGAAAGAAGUGGAUUUACAACCGAUCAAUAACUCUAUAGGAUUAGACCUGUUCAAUGCUAACAGCCAAUGGGAUAUCAUGUACACAUCUGCGCAAAGAGUGAUCAAUGAAGCAAACAACACGUCAUAUCCAUUUGUUAACUUUAAAAUGACCCUGAAGAGAAAGCCAUCCCUUGCGAUACUGACAACUCUCCUGCCUGUCCUGAUGCUGGGAUUAGUCAAUGUGGUGGUGUUCCUCAUUCCUGUGGAGUCUGGAGAGAAGCUGUCCUUUGCGAUCACAGUUUUGCUCUCUUUCACUGUUUCCCUGUCUUUCGUCACUGGACUGCUGCCACAGAACGGUGACAGUAUACCCGUAUUUACGAUCUUCAUUGUUGGCCAGUUUGUAAUGAGCUCUAUCUACGUGUUUCUGACCAUCUGGAUCGUACAAGUGUUCCACCGAGACGCUGCCAUCAGACCCGUUCCCUCCUGGAUGGGGCGUCUGACAAGGUCCUGGGAGAGAUGCUUCUGUGGCACUCCAGCUGUGGGAAACAAGGAGAACUUGGCGAUGGCAGCUUGCGAAUGUCUAUCUGUGUCUUGGAUUAGGGUUAGCAAAAUGGCGGACAGGAUUAUGUUCUGUGUGUUUUUUAUUGCUUACACCGUAACAACAGUCAUUUCUACUCUUAAGAUAGCAUAUUUGUAACAUCCGAAAAACCACAACAAUUUUAAGAUCUCGUGGACUUAACCACUCAGGGAUUCAUUUCUGGCUAUUUUACCUUAUCACUUGUUGUUUGUAUACAUGUAUGUUUGAAAGUGUGUUGAGGGCAUAGUUCAAUUGUUCCAUGUGAAUGUUCAUGGAUACACCAAUGUUUUAUUCUUAAGAUUGUUCAUGUGUUAUUCCAUUGGUUACUUUAUGUAUUAUCCCAUGUGUAAUUGACGCUUUCCUGUGUCAGCUCCAACAGUGUCUUUAACAUGUAAAUGUUGUGGUUUUACAAGUUUAUAGGCGUGUCUAUAUAGUUAUAUAAUAUAUUUGUUGACGUCUCCAUUUAUUGAUCACCUGCAUGAUGUCCAUGUGGUAAGAUAAUACUUUAAGCUGCGUAGGUAUGUGUGGUAUAAAUUUUCAAAACGAUCCUAGUUAAACUUAAUCUUAUUUUCCUUUGUUGAUUAGGCAUUUUCGAAACUCUCUGCAACUUGUCGCAUAUAGUACAAAGCCACGACACCUAUCAUUGACGGAGACUCAUUUGUGUUUGAAUGCUUUUCAAUGACGUCACUGGGAUUUCCCAACAAACAUGGACAAACAAUGUAAAUGUUGGAUAACACACUCAAUGAUGUUUCCAUGCGUUGGAAGACAAUUUUGUUGGCUCACGUUUUUUUAUAUCAUUGUGGAAAUACACUUUUAGUGGGGUGACUGCAAUCACAGUGCUGCUGUUUAUCCCUGCUGUAUCCCUGACCUUCAUCACUGGACUCCAGCCACAGAACGCUGGUAGAAUACCCAUUUACGAUCUUCAUUCCUCCCUGUUUGUGACGAGCUCUAUCUACGUGUUUCUGACCAUCUGGAUGGUGCAAGUGUUCUAUCGGGACGCUGCAAUCAGGCCUGUUCCCUCCUGGAUGGGGCGUAUAACAAGGGCCUGGGAGAGAUGCUUCUGUGGCACUCCUGCUGUGGGAAACCAGGAGACCGUGCCACAGGAAAGGAUGUCAAAGGAAUCAUGGAAUCCCCCAUCAAUGACUUGGAAACGAGUCAGCAGAUUAAACAAAUCUUUUCUCUUGUUUGUUUUAAUGCUGUUCGUCCUAACAACAGUGAUUAGUUUUCUUAAGAUAGCAUAUUUCUGACAUGUCAAAAACUACGGUCACGUUCAUCACGUGAGCUAUAAACGCUUAACCUAUGAACUUAUAAACUGUAACAGAAUAACAUAUAGGCAAUGCGAACAUACGACACCAAACCAUUUGAUGAGUCAGUGUUAGUAUAUGUAAAUAAUUGUCUCCAUCCUAAUGGGAAUAGGUUGAUCGCGCCCCAUACGAUAAGGUUCAUAGUUGACACAAGCUUGUUUACUUUUAAGUUUACAAUAUGUUUGGUAUUGCUAGAGGCAUCGGUCACUCACUCUAUUGACAGUUCUGUUUGUUGCCUAUUACCGUACUUGUGAGUAAUUCAAUCGACGUAUUCCUUUACUAUGGAUAUUUCUCUCCACAUGUCUGUCCACGUGUUCAUAUGUAAGUGUUAUUUCCAUUGUCUGUUGAUAUUUGUUUGUUUGUUAGUUUGUUGUUUAACGCCACACUCGGCAAUAUACCAGCAAUAUGACGAUGGUCUGUAGAUAAUCAAGUCUGGACCAGACAAUCUAGUGCGACAAACAUGGUCGCCAUUUAAGAUAAACACGGGUCGUUGAAGACCUAUUCUAACCCGGAUCUUCACGGUUGUUUUAUUGAAGCAUCCAUGCAUUAUAUAUUAUACUUCUGCUGAAGUAUUACGUCAGUAGUAUAGCACUGGUUUUCUGUAUCCCUAUGAUGGACAUCAUUACAUCUUGACAAUAGUUUCAAUUCGGAAAGAUUAACAUUCUCAGUAAUAAAUCCUCU